GUAGAACAGGCCGGGCCGCGUGCCGUGUUGCCAUGGGGACGAGCGCUUCUCAGGUUUCCGAGCCUGGAGGCCGAGCCUUUGGGGGGAGGCAUCCCUCCUCGUCCUAGCCAUGGCACAGGAGACUGAAAACUACGACCCCAUCGGAACCAUCUUAUGCCAGGUCCAUGAUGACCUCCAUCAGUUAAAGGAGAAAUUAACAGAAUUCCCGCUUGAAGAGAAAGGCGAGACUCUAGACAUUCAGCAUCUUGAUACGGCAAUCCAGAGAACUGAAAUAGGAUUAAGAAUUCACAUUGAGAAGUACUUAAAUGUUGUAAACCAUCAUGUGUUAACAACUCCUAUCACUGAGAAUUUAUAUACUGUUCAGACUUCCAGAUGGCUGCUUCCAACUGUCGUCGACCAGAAGUCAUUUGUUUUCCCUCUGGAAUCUGAGGGUAAACUCUGGCAACCCCAAAAACAGCAGAGUUCAUUUCCACGUGUGCUUCCAAAAGCAAAGCAAAAGAUAGGGCUGGACAUGAAAAUCUUGCAGGAUCCGGAGAACAGCCACCACCGAGCCGCGGUCAAUGCCAGCUAUGGAAUCAGUUUGCCUUAUAUUAAUCAGAGGAAAGCACGUGUGAAGGUUCAGAAGCUGGUGAAAGGGUCCACCAUCUCCAGCCUCACCGUUCUGCCGUCUUCUCACCGCAUGGAUCCCUACUUCACCCCCGUGCCGGUCUUGCAAAAGGACGCCAGCAAGGGGAUUUUAAGUAUGCUAGAACGAGGCUUGAUUCCCCCCACGGCGAGGAUCACCUUUCAGAACCCGCCCGUGAUACCCAGAGCAGCCCGUCUGCAUAAGUUUGAUGAACCACGUAAGACUCCAGCUGCAGCUCCCUUCGCCAUACUUAAGAAGCCACCGAAGCCUCCCGUGGAAGUGAAAGUCCAUCACAAGAAGCCGAGAGCGAAGGGGAAGGGCAGGAGGUCAAGAGGACAGCACACUCAGAAGUCCAUGAAAAUCACAACGCCUUGUAGACCUCUGAAGUCACCGUGGGAUUACGCCUUCCCCAUCUAUAACGGCACCAUCGACAAGACGGACCCAGACUUCUUAGCGUUCAAGGAGCAUUUUAGCUCAGCCUGGGGGAGCAUUUUUUCUCUGCUGGAACACCUGGAGAAGUUUCUCCGAGACUACGCGAUCCCGGAAGUGAAAGUGAAAGGGACUAAUCUGGUGGCCCUCCUUCCCGAGAUGGAGCUGAAGCACAGGCCCACCCGGGAGGACCUCCUGUCCAUGCUGGAGGACCCCGUUCGCGUCCAGAUGCUGCUCAGUAUCCCCGGGCAGAGGUUCAAGGGCCGAGAGGGAAAGUUAAACGCCGCUGUGAAGAUUCAAGCCACGUGGAAGUGCUACAAAGAGAGAAGGCUGUUCCUCCUGUACCGCGCGCAGAAGUGGGCGUCAGGUGUCAUUGCCAUCGCCUGGCUCUUACACUGCCAUAAGACUCGGCUGAAGGCCAUCCUGAAGGAGUCGCGGCAGAGACACCUGGAGAACUUCCGCAUCCGAGCCAAGCAUCUGGCAGCCAACUGGAAUCGCAUCAAGACCUCGAGGAGGACUAUUAUCCAUAUCCCGUCAUUAGGAUAUGCCCAGUCUGUGCGGGAGCGCAUCGCCGACCUCAGCACACAGCAGAACAUGCAGCUGGGCAGGCUAUGCGACAUCAUCGAUACCAACGUGAACGUCAUCUACAUCUGCUCCCACGACAUGGACGAGGAGUUGAUGCUGUAUUACCAAAAAAUCCUGAGUCUGCGCGCUGCCGUCAAAUCGGGCAACACCGAGGACAGAAGUGACUUGCAGGACAGGUUCAAGAUCAUCACCCCUGAAGCCGUGAACAUCUUCACUAAGCAUCACAUGUGCCUGGCCACUCACCUGAUGUACAGUCCCAAGGCAAUCAAAAGAAUAAAAAACCUCAUCCAAGGAAAGGAGGCCUACAUCGUGGGCGGGGUCCUCCACCGAGACGACUUGGCCGUGGCCGAUAUGUUGGAUGUGCCCAUCUUGGGCUCGGAGCCUGGGCUCGUCCACCUUUACAGUAAAAAGUCUGGAAGCAAACGGGUCUUUGACAGCACAGGUGUGCCCGUCCCUCCUGGAAUACACGACAUCUAUACUUACCAACAGAUGAUAGAACAGCUGAGCCAGCUGGUGGCCGAUCACCUGCGGAUCCAGCGCUGGCUCUUCAAAAUGGACUGCGAGUUCGGAGGAAAUGGGACGGCGUUCUGUGACAUCCCCGCCCACCUCAAGUGCCACAAGUGGGUGCUGAAGGAGAGCGACAAGUAUGGCCACGAAGACUGGAAGAGGAAGUGGGCACAGGAGCCGGCUCUGGCGAAGAUCUCCAAGGAGCUGGCGGGCAUUUUAGCACAGCACGCACAGCCAGUCAACGCGAGACGCUUCCCGACGUGGAGGAAAUUCCUGCAGACGUUUCUCAGCCAAGGGGGCGUGAUCGAGGCAUUCCCGCCUGCAGACAGCGUCACCAACCUGACAGUGGACAUGCUGAUAGAGCCCGGCGGGGACGUGAGGGUGCUGUCCACCGGCGACCAGCUGCACGCCGAGAGCCCCUUCAUCUCCUCGGGCACCAGCAUGCCACAGGCCUCCGUGGAUCCCCAAGUUCUCUGUUCUCUGUGCCUCCAAGUCGGAAAUGCCUGUAAAAUGAGAGAUGUGGUUGGUUACUUUUCUAUAGAUCUGGUGACUUUCAUUGACCCAAGCACCUUGGAGCAGCAGGUGUGGGCAACGGGCCUCAACCUCUCCUACAGCGACCAGCUGGCCCUGACGCAGCUCACCUUGUACCUGACCAGUGGCCGCCUGGACUGCGGGCAGAGCACCCUGGAGGUGCCCCGCUUGGUUCUCAAGAAGGAGAAGAAGAGGAGGUUCCUUCGCAAUCUGCCAGUGCUGUCGAAGGCAACGAGCCGCUAUGCAGUGAUGACCACCCAGCUGCAGCACAACAAUCUCUCGCUGGUCUUCCCCUACGUUUUUCUGCAGAUGUGCAAGGCCCACGGCAUCGGCUAUGACAUUGAGGACAGACAAGGAACUAUUUUUAUAUUAUAUGAGCACCUGAAGAGAGACAAGCUGGGAAUGCUAACAAUCGGCGUGGAUCUCCAGGGGGUCCUCACGACCUUUGCUCGCCAUCUCUUCAUCAUCCAUCAAGAAAUAUCAGCACCUAAUAUGCAAGGCGAGACCAAUUUUAAGACCCUCAUCAGGGACAUCGAAAACAUUCUAGGAGUGACAGAGGAAAACAAAAUGAGAUUUAAGGAAGAGCUGCCGCAAGCCUGACAGAUGAGCGAGACCUUCCGACUUUGGAUCCCAGCCUGGAGCAAAGAAGGGAGAUGUUCUUUUCGCUGGGAAAAAUAAAAUUGUGUGUGUGUGUGUUGGGGGGGGAUUAGUUGGCUUUGUUUGCAAAGAGGUGACUCAGGACAGAUUGUAAGAUAAUUCUUUUUUUAAGAAAUUCUUUAUUAAGUGAUCCUAUUUUAUUUAUUAAACCAAAACAGGCUGGCCCUUUCACUUGAAAGUGUUAAACCAUCCCUUCCUUUUCUCAAACUUUAGGAAAAAAAAAAGAACCCGAUAAAGGAAAAAAGUUACCAUCCUAACUUCUAGAUCCUCUUUAUAAGCUUCGGGAUGGUGGAACUUUUGUUCUUUGUGGCUUACGAAGUUUUCUCCUGUUUCUAGUAGGAAUCUAUCUUCUGCAUUUUAAAAAUUGAAUGAAGGCAUAAUCAUUGCUAUUUGGCAAAACCCAAAUAUCUUUUUUUCCCCAAGGAAAUUACAUUUACAUGAAUUUUUAAAGUGAUGCUUUCUCGUUCAUUGUACCCAGCCACUAUUGUUUGCUGUUGUUGCCACAUUCGAAAAAGUGGAAUAAGCCGACGCCCGGUUCACAAGCGUCAGAAUCUAUCUAGGUGGCAGUAUCCGCUCUUCGUUCGCGAUCCUUUGUAACUCAGAGCCUCCUCGCUUGAAUAAACACUUGAAUCCCCUAGUUCUCUGUUUAAUACAGCGGUAGGAUUUUUACAUGCGGAAUUCAACUGUACCUUUCACAGGGCAAAUUGUUAAAGAUCGGCAAUGCUAACACUCUCAGCGUGCGCUUCAUAACUGCCCCCAAAUAUUUCUACAUCAGCCAGCUUUACUGGAGGUUGAAAUACUCAAGGUGUGACCCCCCCAAAACACAUCGUUUUAAAGAAUUGCCUUUGUGUCUACAAAAAUAAAUGAGUGUGUCGGGGGGUGGGGUGGGGGACAUAUGGGUGUUUUUUCUUUAAACCUAUGGAAUUUCAGUGAUUUUCUUUUUAAACUGUGCCUCAGCCACCGGCUAAGAGUUUCUGCAAGCAAAUUACCAUUUGUGUGUGUGUCAGCGUUUGUUUUGCUAUAGUUGGAAAUACAUUAAUUAGCCAGGUUGCCUGCCUGCGCGAGGUAGCACAAUGACCUCUUUUUCUGGCCAGCUCUCUCCGAGCCGGACGAGGGGCCCAUUGUCCAGACACUUGACGGAUAGGAAGCCCUCCUUGCCCAUUAGAGCCAUGCCUUGGUGGCAGCCAGAGCAACAUAAGGUCCAAGAGACUCAUUAGUUCACUGGCACAGUCGUGUCCUGGGAGUCAAUGGAACCCUCUGUCUCCUUCUGGCUCUCAUCUGCUCUGGACUUUAAAAGAAAACUGUCUCCGUUUUGUUCGGCACAGCAGUAGACCAUUCACGUGGCGCAAACGCCCGCUGAACAGGACAAAACUGGUAAAUCCAUCAGGGAAGUUUCGUGUGUGAAUUUUGAUUAGCACCGUAGAGCCUGAAGCUGCUGGCAGUGGCCACGGGAGUUUGCUCUCCUGGAUGGCUUUUUAAAAAAAAAAUUUUAAACCCACGUGCUUGGUUUCUCAAACAAUGGCCAGUUGCUUCUUUGCCUCAUCAUUAACAUACCCCCACAGAAUGCCUGUUUUCAAGUUCUGGGCCUUAUAAGAUUAUCUAGCUAAAAUCCUACCCACGGCUUCAGAGGGAAAGGCGAAAAAUGGGUCUAAUAAAACAGCCACUUCAAGUAAUUAAGGGGAAGAAGCCAGAGGACCAGAUUAAAUUAGUGAAAUGUUUUAAUUACAGAGCAUCUGAGAAGAAGCAUAGUCCGUUAUCUUUUAACACACGUGUGUUACAGAGAUACCGUGCGACUGGCCAGCUAAGCUAAGCUUGAGAAAGGAAUCACUUAUCCCUGGACAGCGCAUGAAACUGUCAGAAUGAACCAAGCUGCUGCGAUCCCAAACAGGAAACGGAAUCUGGGUGGGUAAGAGGAUUCUGGGGAAAGGAUGUGUAGGUUAAGCAGAGAGCAGAGCUGUCUAAUCGUGAGCGAACAAUGAAUGGCCCAUGGUUUAAUGUGGAAUGUUUGCAAUGGUUGGAGAAGCAAACUGUACUAACCAGUUAGAAUAACUUUGUCCGGCAAUUGUCUCCCUUAAUUCAUUGCCGAAGCGAUACGAACCUUAAAGAAGUUAGAUAAGAUUAAGUGGCAGGAACCUGUGCUGUCUUACUUGCCAGUCUGCUAUAUGCUUAUGUUUCCCGUUUAUCGAACAUUUACCAGGGGCUAGGUAUGUACUGCACUACGGGCUUUCUCAUUGCUAUUUGAUUGCAGCUUUCCAACAACUCCAGGUGUGUGGAUACUGCUAUCCUUAUUGUAUGUAUAAGAAAAAAUCACCCUGUGGCUCCGGCUAAGUGAAAAGAAGUUUUUGACUUGCUCUCUUUUACCACAACUUCUAGCAAGCACGCGAAGUGGAAGGCUCAGCGUCGCCCGCCACAGAACAUAAGGGUUCUUUACUCCUUUCUAAUAGUCCCUAGGACGUUGCAUAAAAUAUAGAAAUUUGCACACACGUCCUGCAAAGGAAAUAAACUUGUACAGGUGACAGCAUCACAAGACGUCAUAAUUAUGUGAUCGAAGAAAUCCGGAGAAGAAAAAACGGUGAGAAUGGAAUUCUAUGGCAAUGGAUGCGUAAGACCACAAUGGAAAACCCAAGACAGAAGGCGCAAGAGAGUUUAGAAGUCACGGUCCGUGGUUCUGAGAGACGGAUAGGAGGUCAAGAAACCCUAGAAGGGUUAAGAAUGGGCUUCCAACCACAAAAUGUGGAAUAACCAGAGAGGAAUUUGGGGAGCACUAUUUCAGCAAUGGCACCCUAAGAAUUGCAAGCAUUCUAUUUUUCACGUAUAACAAUAUGUAUUUUGUGAUAAGUAGUAGAUUAGUAACCAUCUGAUGGCUUUAACAAUUAAUAAUCAUUUGUGUUCAUCUGGCACCUUUCUUGUAAAGACCUCAAAGCACUUUGCAUUUAUUGUCUCCUUAAUUCCCAACACUGUCCGUGUGGGGAAGGUAACAAGUAUUGUAACAUUUAAAUGUUUUUCUUUCAGAAUUUCUCAAGCAUACGUGAAUUAUUUUUUCCAAAAAUGUAAAUUCUCAUUAGUUUUAUUUUGCUGUUGCUAUGACUUCGGUGUGCAUAACAAAUGUGUUCAAUCCCUUCAAGGUGUUGCUACUAAUCAUGGUAAAUCUGAUCAUGUGAGGGUGGAGAUUGGGGGAAGGGGUGAGAAUUAGGCUUUGCUUUCCUCCCAGAAGGAGCUUGGUGGGAUCAUUGUGAGGGCAUGUAGAAGGUGCUGUGGUUCUUCCACACGUUUUAUACGUCUCCUUCCUUCCCCAAGGUGUGUCACGGGAAGGUCAGCACUAUACCUAAGAGCCUGAGGCAGGCUGAGCUACUAUUUUUUUUUAAAAAAGAUUUUUAUUUAUUUAUUUGAGAGGCAGAGUUACAGACAGAGACAAGGACACAGAGAGAGAGAGAGGUCUUCCAUCUGUUGGUUCACUCCCCAAAUGACCUCAACAGCUGGAGCUGAACCGACCCAAAGCCAGGAGCCAGGAGCUCCUUCCAGGUCUCCCAUGAGGGUGCAGGGGCCCAAUGACUUGGGCCAUCUUCCAAUGCUUUCCCAGGCUCAUUAGCAGGGAGCUGGAUUGGAAGAGGAGCAGUCAGGACAUGAACCAGCACCCACAUGGGAUGCCGGAGCCACAGGCAGAGGCUUGAUAUACUGCACCACAGCACCGGCCCCUGAGCUACUAUUUAUACGAUUGCUUUAGUAAGGCGUUCAGCAAACAUGAGGCAGGGACAUUCUGUUAAGAUCACACCCCAAAUGACCACAGAACACUAAGAUGAGAAGCCUAAGUCCACA